GUAUAAUAUAGAUAAUCUACCGGACGAUCGUUACCUGUGUUUAGUUCAAAUACUCGUAUAUACUUACACUGAGUUACACCGUCCUAUUAUAUGUCCAUUACACAUACCUAUAAAGUAAGUAGUUACGCGUUCUUGGUUCAAUCGUAUUCAGUCGACUAUACUUGUAUAUUGCACAAAUACUUCACUUACGCAAACUGAAAAACUUCGCAAAACAAUGUUUGCUUAUUUGACAGUUAUCACUAUGCUGUGUUUAGGCCGGUCGGAGAGAGUUUCGUCGCUGAUGUAUCCGCACGACUACGGCCCGACGCUGUUCGCGAGCGCCGGCAACGUGACGUUCGACUUCGUAGUGGUGGGCGGCGGUAGCGCCGGCGCCACGGUCGCAGCCCGACUCAGCGAGAUACCCGAAUGGAACGUGCUGCUGUUGGAGGCGGGUGCCGACCCGCCGAACUACACGGAGACGCCGCUCAGGUACAGCGACGCGCUGACCAGCGACGUCGACUGGACGUUCAUCACGGAACCCGAACCGCGCCUGUUCGGCGGCCUGGAACGCGGCCGGUGUCUGGUGUCCAGGGGCCUGAUGUUGGGCGGGUCGUCGUCCAUGAACGCCAUGAUGUACUUGCGGGGCACCAGGCGCGACUUUGACGAGUGGGAGCGGCUGGGCAACGCGGGCUGGGGAUUCGGCGACGUGCUACCGUACUUCGUCAAGUCCGAGAACUUCACGGGCGGCAGCGGUCGGCGAGACGCGGUGCCGCACGGCCGCAACGGCCCGCUCACCGUCGGCCCGCUGGUUUCCAUCGACCCGGCGUACUCGGCGGUCGCGGACGGCAACCGGCUGCUCCGGUUGGCCGAGCUGGACGACAUGAACCGGUUCGCGCCCCCGGCGAUCGGCUACGGGCCGCUGGACUUCACGGUGCGCGACGGCCUCCGGUGUAGCACGCUCAAGGCGUUCCUGUUGCCGGCCAGCGAACGGCCGAACCUGUUCGUGGCGAAAAACGCCAGGGUGACGCGGGUGAUGGUCCAGCGGACCGAUUUUCCGGGUGGCGGAAACUGCACCAGGGCGGUGGGCGUCGAGUACGUCGGGCCGGCGGGGCGAACGGGACGCGUGUACGUGACCCGCGAAGUGAUACUGUCCGCGGGCGUGAUCAUGAGCCCUCAGAUUCUGAUGGUGUCGGGCGUGGGGCCCGCGGGACAUUUGCGCCAACACGGAAUCCACGUUUUCAGCGACUUGCCGGUCGGCUACAACUACCAGGAUCACGUUUCGUUCGCCGGACUGGUGUUCAGCGACCGGAAGGACAGAUCCCGAGCCGACAUAGCCCGCGAGAGUGCCGACCUGACCCGGGCCACGUUCGACUUGGUGUCCAGAGGCGUGGGCACGUUGGGCCUAACAAACCUCGUGAGCUUCGUCGACACCGCGGACAAGGGACACGCCGACGUGCAGGUCGUGUACCUCAGAUAUCCGUACAACAGCACGAGGAACACACCGAACAAACGGAGCAGGCUGUCGAACAUGUUCGGGUACUCGGACCGAGUGGCAACGCUGUUCGACGAUCUGAACAAGCUGAGCGACUCCGUGCUCGCGAUACCUAUUAACGUCGACGGCCGAAGCACCGGGCGCGUGGUCCUGCGGUCGGCCGACCCGUUGGCGCGCCCGAAGAUCUACACCAAUUACUUGUCGUACGACGACGAGAUCGAGACGCUGCUGCGCGGAAUCGAUUUCGUCGUGCAACUGUCGAAAACCAAACCGAUGGUGGACGCGGGACUGAAGCUGGAACCAGUCGCGUAUCCAGACUGCACGGCUCACGCCUGGGGAACGAGGGACUAUUGGGUGUGUGCUAUCCGCAACGUUGCCACGUCGUUCUAUCAUCCGGUGGGCACGUGCCGGAUGGGUCCCACCUACGAUAAGCGGUCCGUCGUCGACACCACGCUAAACGUGAUAGGCGUGCGGGGUCUCAGGGUGAUCGACAGUUCGAUAAUGCCCAAAGUCGUUUCGGUAAACACGAACGCCGCGACCAUAAUGAUCGCCGAAAAGGGAUCGGACAUUAUAAAAAAAUAUUACGGUAAACUCCCGUAAAGUAUACAAAUAAUACGUAGAAUAUGAUGUAGAAUUACACAUACAGACACGUCUGUCCGUAAAAGUCUUGAACUAAAUCAUAAUAUAAUGUUAUAAUAAUAUACUAUAUAUAUUGUAAUUUUAGACGUACAUAUAUCCCGACUUCGAUCGGUUAAAAAUUAAUCUACAUUUCUGUCGUAUUCCGUUUUGCUUCAGUUGAAAUAUAUAUAUAUACAUCAUACAAACACAGUUACAACGAUUAAUUUUAUGAUUUUUUACUUGAAAAACUGGAAAUAGAUUCGACAAAUGCUAAAAAUCUGUCAUAUAUCCAAUAUCGUUAAAACUUAAUGUAUUAAUAUCAAAAAUAUAUACAAAAUUAAGUAAGCAAUAAAUCAUGAUUAAAACAAUAAUUAUUGUAAUUGUGUUCAUAAGAUUUGAUUUUAAUAUUUGUUUUUUUUUUAUAUAUUUGUAAAAAAUUGUAUACUUACGCAAUAUUUCUACUAAUAAUAAUUGCAAUUUAAUCUAUAAUCAAUUGCAAAUAUUUAUAUAAACGAAAUAAUAUUCGAUUUAAAACAAAAUGUAUGUAUGAGAUAUCUACAAACCCUUCCCAAGACUCAAAGAAUCUAUUUAUAUAUCUUUUAUUUAAAUAGUCCAGUAGUCUAUGAGUCUAUAGAGGACAGGUAAAGAAAUAUUAAUUUUUAUAAAUAUUAUUAUAUCUAUAUUUUUAAAUAUAUUAUAGGUAAUAAUUA